GCAAUGUGGUUGUUACGUAGUGUAAGACAGCUAAGCAAAAAACAUAAUUUAAUUCCUUUAGUUCGAUUAUCAACAAGCUCCAGCGAAUAUGCCAACGCAGACACCGCAUCAACGGAAACGGACACCCAUUUUGGGUUCGAGACGGUCAAAGAGAGCGAGAAAUGGAAGAAAGUACACAAGGUGUUCGAAGAGGUUGCGGCUUCGUACGAUCUCAUGAACGAUGCAAUGUCCAUGGGAAUCCAUCGCGUUUGGAAGGAUAUUUUCAUGGAGCGCCUUGCACCGGUUGGCAACGGAAACCGCUUGCUGGAUAUGGCCGGCGGUACCGGCGACAUCUCGUUCCGAUACAUGAAGUAUUUGCAAAGGCUGCCGGCCGAGAAUCGUACGCCUAGUCAUGUUACGGUUUGCGAUAUCAAUCAGAACAUGCUAGACGUAGGCCAGAAACGAUGGGAAAGAUUAAACCUUCAGACUACUAUCGACACGAUCGAGUGGGUUUGCGCUGAUGCUGAACAACUACCAUUCGCCGAUGAGUCUUUUACAGCUUAUACGAUUGCUUUCGGAAUCAGGAAUUGUACCCACAUUGAUAGGGUUCUUGCGGAAGCUUACCGUAUUUUAAAGCCGGGAGGCCGGUUUAUGUGUUUAGAAUUUAGCCACGUCAAUAAUGAAGCACUGAAAUGGGUGUAUGACCAAUAUUCAUUUCAAGUUAUUCCACCAAUGGGCCAAAUACUAGCGAACCAGUGGCACCCGUACCAGUACUUGGUCGAAAGCAUACGAAAGUUUCCACUUCAGGAUGACUUCAAAGCAAUGAUACAAAACGCUGGCUUCAAAUGUGUUCAGUACGAGAACUUAACAUUUGGUGUUGUUGCAAUCCAUUCUGGGUUUAAGAUAUAAGAAAUAGUUGAAUUGUUGAACAUGAAAAAGAUUUGCGA